CUCAGACCACACCACGCCGCGCUCCUCCCCUCCGACACGGCCCACCCCUACCCGCCGGCUCGGCUCGGACGGAGCGGGCGCCCGCCCCACCCGAAUCACACAGAUCGGGACGCCGGACGAGGAGGAGGUGCCACGCCGUUCCGCAUCGCCGGAGCAACAGCCGCGGGCGCGGAGAGGCCCGCCACCGCCACCGCAGGCGCAGUUCAAGCUUUGGAUUCCCGGAUCCUGUGCCAUCGGUCUUUACGGAGAGCGUAAUCCAGCGAGCGUAGAGUUGAAAGCUGUGAAAGUGGAGAUGAGUACUCUGAAGAAAUCCGACAAGAAAGCUGCCCUCGACUUCGCAGCGUGGAGUUUCAAUGUCACCACAUCGGUUGGAAUCAUCAUGGUUAACAAGGCGCUGAUGGCUACGUAUGGGUUCAGUUUCGCCACGACAUUAACUGGGCUUCAUUUUGUGACUACUACCUUGAUGACUAUCGUAUUUCGAUGGUUAGGCCUGAGCCAGCCAUCCCACUUACCCCUAGCAGAUCUAGUUAAAUUUGUGAUAUUUUCAAACUUGUCAAUUGUUGGGAUGAAUGUGAGCUUGAUGUGGAACUCUGUGGGCUUUUAUCAGAUAGCAAAGCUGUGCAUGAUACCUGCAUCAUGUCUUCUGGAGGUUGUCUUUGAUCAUGUACAUUAUUCCCGGGACACAAAGCUGAGCAUAAUGGUCGUGCUUAUAGGAGUUGCAGUCUGCACGGUUACUGAUGUCAGUGUGAAUGCAAGAGGUCUAAUCGCAGCUGUUAUAGCUGUUUGGAGCACAGCUUUGCAACAAUACUAUGUCCAUUUUCUCCAACGCAAGUACUCUCUGAACUCAUUCAACCUCCUGGGCCACACUGCUCCAGCCCAAGCUGGGUCACUCCUGCUAGUGGGACCAUUUGUAGAUUACUUGUUGACAGGCAAAAGGGUGGAUCACUUCAGUUUCUCAUCACUUGCUCUGUUUUUCCUGGCACUCUCAUGCUUCAUUGCCAUUGGCGUUAAUCUGAGCCAAUUCAUCUGCAUUGGGCGGUUCUCUGCUGUAUCCUUCCAAGUCCUAGGCCACAUGAAGACCGUACUUGUUCUGUCCCUUGGGUUUCUUUUCUUUGGCAAGGAGGGCCUGAAUCUUCAGGUAGUCCUUGGGAUGGUUCUGGCCGUUCUUGGAAUGAUAUGGUAUGGCAACGCAUCUGCUAAACCAGGCGGCAAAGAGCGGCGCAGCAUCCUGCCGGUGAGGUCUGCAAGUCUCAAGGGAAGUUCAGAAGAAAAGGCCGGUGCUGAGAAAUAGUCUUGCUAUUAUCUAACUGCAACUUAGAUGGGGAAUUUUUCGUUCCGAGGUUAAAUUUCUGGUGAGGUGACGCAAGUAUCACAGAUUGGGAACUCUGCCGCCUUAUGUUUGACGCAGAGGACAAACCCGUCCCAUCUAGAAACUCAGGAUUGUUAUAGUUACAGGUAUACUGUAAAGCUUCAUUUUUUGGCGCUCUGAAUCAUUUGCAGUGAGGAGAAAGACAAACAUGGUUUAGGAGGCUUCAAGACAGUUUUUAUCGAAUA